UAGGCUACCGCCUAUAUAAUAAACGCACACAAUGGUGUAUUUAUUUAUUUAUUCCUUUAUUUAUCCAUUAAUAGUUGAUUAAUUUUGCUGGUAGUAGCUCUUGCCAGUUAUAGCAAGGUGUCUCACUGGAGAGGAUUGGUACCCAAUAAUGUGGGACAUUGCUGUUUUAUCCUCCAUUUGGUACUGAUGAGGACAGUCCAAAUAUUUCAAUGAACAUUGACUCCACUGCCUCAUACAUAACAAUGGCUGACUCACUACGUAAUGUGUUAUAUGUGCUACAGUUACAUCAAGAUCCUGUAAAUGGAGUUGCUUCCUUCUCCUCAAUUACUGAAUAUUUAUUAACUCAACCAAUAUUGAGUUUUGUUUCAUCAGGCCACACCCCUUCAACCAGCAUUGAUGAUGCUCUUAGUACCAGUGAUACUGAUGAGUCUGACGAUGAAGAACACUUCAAUCCAAAGAGGAACUCCGUAACACUUAAACUACACUGCAUUCAAACAAGGUCCAUGCAAGAGUUAUUGGUCUCUUUUGAUCCUCCUGAUGUCACUGGAAUACCACCACACGACCCCCUACCAACAUUACCGGACUCCCUCACUGCAGCACAGGACCCCUUACCAUCAAUGCCAGACCCUAUUCCUCCACUAGAUACCAUUACUCCAUCAGUUGCUAGUAUAUUACCAUUAACUAUUGAUUCUACUCAAUUUGGUCCCAGUCAGUCAUCACCAGCUGUCAAGUUGUUGUCUCCAGUUUCAUUUUUAUCACUACCUUCAGACUCGCGUCAACCUGAUCACGUCUUACGAUCACCGAGUGAUUUUGUUAGUUUCUCUUCUCCGGUAUCAAGUGGGAGUGGUCUGUUAGUGACCCCACCCACAGUAGAUAAUGAAUUAAUAGCAAUUAGUUCCAGUGGUGCUAGUAACGAUUCUUUUCCGUCAGCACUGGUAGAGGGUGUGGCUAACGAGGGCACUCCAUUACUAGAGGAGUCACUAGUUCAUGAAGAGGAAUGGCCAGUGAUAGAACAAGUACAAUCUAGUGAUGACAUAAGGAAACAUGCUUCCAGUAUAGUGUCAAUGGUGAUGGAUACAGCCCUAGCAACCGUUGCUGCUAUGAGAGAGGAGGAAGAGGAAGAGGAGAGUACUGGAGAUGAGACUGAUGAUGAUGAUGAGGGGGAGGAGUCUGUAGGUGGAGCUAAGGAUAAUGAUGAUGAGGUUCUUGUACAGAGUGAUGGAGUAAUGCAUUCUUUAAUCAGUAAAUUGGUAUUGCAACAACAAGAAAUGAAACAAGAAGCUGAUGAGAGAAUGACGCAGAUGAUGCUUGAGUUCAAAAAUGAAAUGGAGGCUAUGAAUAAAGAAAUGAUGAGUGCAAUGAAAGAACAACUUAAAGAAAAUAAUCAAAAGAUUGAGAAAUUAAUAAAAUCACAUGAAUUGAAGCGAAAUGACAGGAUAUCACAAUCAUUGACUCAAACUGUUCAGACAAGCAUUGCUGGUAGACUGGAAAAAUCUGUUAAGAAUGAAACAAAAAAUACAAUAAUACCAGUGAUACAGAAAUCUUUAUUGACAACACAAGAAGGUAUUAAUAGAUCUGUAAAUGAGCAACUCAUUGCUACCAAUACUGCCAUCAAUACUCACCUACACCAAAUACUACACACUGAGGGUCUUGUUCAAGCUAUUGCCAAUGCUAUUGCUGGAGUUAUGCCUCACAUAUUACCUGUUGUCAUGGAAACACUGUUUAAGAAUACAUUGCUUCCAUCAUUUGAGCGUUCCUGUCAAGCAAUGUUUAGACAGUUAGAUGAAGCUUUUCGGCAGGGCACUACUGAAUAUAUAUCCCAGCUUCAUGAUGUAACUGAUAGAUCUGAGGAUACAGCUGCUAUCAAUCAAAUGUCAACUUCUCUUCAAUCACUCAUUUCAUCAUUUAAUACAACCUCUUCUCCAAUCCUUCCUUUGAUUCAAGCAUCAUUACACACUGAACUCUCUCUUUUAUUGCCAAGGUUACAAGAUUCAGUUAAAGAAUCAGUUGCUAUAGUGAUUAAAGAUGAGUUGAUGAAUUUACUUGAAGAAAAAUCAGCUACCAACAAUCAACAGCACCAGGAUAAACUAAUGCAGCUAAUAGAGUCUAAGGAAUAUGAUACUGCAUUUAAUCUGGCACUCUCUACAUCAAAUCUCAGUUUAGUAAUGUUCCUCUGCCAUCAUGUUAGUCCAGAAGAAGUCUUUGAUAGCAAUAGCCAGUGUCCAUUGUCUCAACCAGUCCUGUUAUCAUUGAUACAGCAGAUAACUGUGGAUAUCAGUGAUGAUGUUGAACUAAAAAUUAAGUAAGAGAAUGGGGUUGAGGAAUUG